AUGUUUUGUACCGUGUUUCUUAGGAAUAGGUGUCCACUUCUCAUUUCGUGUCCACUUCUCAUAUCGUGUCCCCUUCACUUUUGGAGACCCCUUCCUUAUUUAGUGUCCUUCUCCUGUUUUGUUGCGUCUUCACUUCUGGUGCCCUUUCUUUUUUCGUGUCUCUUCUCUUUGGGAGACCGUUUCACGCUAAUUGUUCCCUUCUCUUUUGUCGCAUCUUUUUUCUGGCGUCCUUUGUUAAUUCGUGUCUCUUCUCUUUUGAAGACAUCUUUUUCAUUUAGUGUUCCCAUCUCUUUUUUUGCGUCUUCUCUUCUGGUGUCCUUUCUAUUUUUGUGUCUCAACUCUUUUAAAGACGGGUUCUCAUUUUUAUUCCCUUCUCUUUUAUUGCGUCUUAGUUUCUGGUGUCCUUUCUUUUCUCGUAUCCCCUCUUUUGGAGACGGCUUUCUUGUUUACUGUUCCUUUCUUUUUUAUUGCGUCUUCUCUUCUGCUGUCCUUUCUUUUUUCGUAUCCUUUUUCUUUUGGCAACCUCUUUUUCAUUUAGUGUUUCCAUCUUUUUUUUUGUUCAGUCUUCUCUUCUGGUCUCUUUUAUUAUUUCGCGUCUCAUCUCUUUUGGAGACCUCUUUUUCAUUUUGUUACCUCUUUCUCAUUUCGUGUUCCCUUCUCUUUUAUUCCGCCUUCUCUUCUGGUGUCCUUUAUAAUUUUGUGUCUCUUGUCUUUUGGAGUCCAAUUUUUCAUUUAGUCUUCCCUUUUUUUUUGUUGCGUCUUCUCUCCUGGUAUCAUUUAUUAAUUCGUGUCUUUUGGAGACCUCUUUCUCAUUUCAUUUUCUCUUACCUUUUAUUGCGUCUUCACUUCUGGUGUCCUUUAUUAUUUCGUGUCUCAUCUUUCUCAUUUAGUGUUCUUUUUUUGGGGGGCUUUUCCUUUUCUCUUUUUAAUGUGUCUUCUCUUCUGAUGUCCUUUCUUUUUUCGUGUCUCUUCUUUUUGGAGUCUUCUUUCUCAUUUAGUGUUCCUUUCUGUUUUGUUGCGUCCCCGCUUCGGGAGAUCCUUUCUUUUUCCGUGACUCUUCUCUUUUGUAGACCUCUUAUCUCAUUUACUCUCCAUUCUUUUUUGUUGCGUCUUUUUUCCCUUCUCUUUUUAAUGCGUCUUCUCUUCUUGUGUCCUUUCUUUUUUCGUGUCUCUUUUCUAUUGGAGACGGCUUUCUUAUUUAGUGUUCCCUUCAUUUUUGUUGCGUCUUCACUUCGGGGGUCUUUUCUUUUUCCUUGUCUCUUCUCUUUUGAAGACCUCUUUCUCAUUUAUCCACUUUCUCAUUUAGUCUUUUCUUCUUUUUUUUGUUGCGUCUACUCUUCUGGUGUCCUUUAUUAUUUCCUGUCUCAUCUCUUUUGGGGACGUCUUUUUCAUUUAGUGUUCCCUUCUUUUUUGUUGCGUCUACUCUUCUGUGUUCCCUUCUUUUUUUGUUGCGUCUACUCUUCUGGUGUCCUUUAUUAUUUCCUGUCUCAUCUCUUUUGGGGACGUCUUUUUCAUUUAGUGUUCCCAUCUCUUUUGUUGCGUCUACUCUUCUGGUGUCCUUUAUUAUUUCCUGUCUCAUCUCUUUUGGGGACGUCUUUUUCAUUUAGUGUUCCCAUCUCUUUUGUUGCAUCUACUCUUCUGGUGUUCUUUUCUUUUUUCGUGUCUCUUCUCUUUUGGAGUCCUCUUUCUUUUUUAGUGUUCCCUUCUUUUUUUGUUGUGUCUUCUCUUCUGGUGUCCUUUAUUAUUUCGUGUCCCUUCUCUUUUGGAGACUUUUUUCUCAUGGGUCGUCUUUCUUAUUUGGUGUUCCUUUUUUUGUUGUGCCGUCUGUUCAUGUGUCCUCUCUUCUUUUUCGGUUCUCUUUUCAUUUCCCCUUCUCCUUUGAUGUUCACUUUCUCUCUUAGUACUCACUAUAGUGUUCCCUUCUCGUCUGAUGCCUUAGGGAUUUCCUUAUUUUGUUUCAUGAUUAAUCCGGACCUGUUUAUAGAAAAGCUCUUGACCAACAAAUAA